AUGUCCACCCCAGACCCCGAAGAUGCCUCUUCUUCGCCCGAGUCCAGCGGAGACGAAAUGGCUGCCGAGCAAGCAACAGACCACCCAUCCGCCGCCGACGGCUCGCCCUCGCAAAAGUCGGCCACCGGCAAGUCCAAUGCAAAGGAUCCCAUGAGACCUCGACGGAAAAAGGCAAAGAGAGCCUGCUAUGCUUGCCAGCGAGCCCAUCUGACUUGUGCCGAUGAGAGACCUUGUGGACGCUGUAUCAAGCGCAAAAUCGCAGAACACUGCAUGGAUGGCCUGCGUAAAAAGGCAAAGUACCUCUACGAUGCUCCAGAUGGCGCUCUCAUGCCUGGCGUGGGUGGACAGUAUCCCUAUACGAAUGGAAACCGUCCAACGCCACUACCCAGCCAAGAUGCACACGCCGUUUCCUUGUCUCCUCAAGGCAAUGUCUUCACCCAGCCUUCACCUACGACAUUCUACAGGCCCAAUUCCAUGUCGGGUCCUCUCCCAGGCACCCAGGAUGCCCACAACUUUAAUAGCCCGCAGCAACAGCAGCAGCAACAACAACAACAGCAACCACUAUCGCCUCCCUAUACGCAAGCGCAACACGGGCAAGUCCAAAAUGUGCCAAGCACCAUGGCUCAAAGCCAGCCCGGACCAAUGCAGCCAUUCGGCCCACUGUUUGACCCUAGUGAUCCAGCUUUGUUCAAUUUUGACAUUUCCAAUUUGAACUUCGGCAAUCACUAUGGCGCCCUGGAGUUUGGCAUGCUCGGUCACAUGUCCUCGGGCGCAGGGGAUGUAUCUCAGGACACCAGCAUGAUGAACGCGAUGAGCCAACCGGCAAACAUGUAUAGCCAGCAAAUGACGGCAGGCUAUGCGGAUCCUGCCAACUCGGGUGGAAUCACCUACGGUCCUAAUGGACUCCCCAUGAACGAGUGGCCGGAUUCAUCAUCACGGCAGAAUAGCUUGCAAAUGCAAACAUCGCACGCUGCAGCAGCUAGUUUGGAUCAAAACGGCCAUCGACAGGAUAGCUUGAACGGUCCUCAUGCUUUUGCCAUUGGCCAAGGGUCCUCUAGCCAAGCCACCCCAAGCCCGGCCUCGACCGAUGCUUCCGUGUUCGAAAACGACAAUCCCCUCGCUUCGGCAGCCUUCUUUGCAAACUCCAGCACCCCGAGACAGCAUGCGCAGCGCUCGUCGGCCGUUAAUAGAUCACAGCAGGAGAGCCAGGCUGGCAACACAGCGCUUCAGCCAAUACGCUCUAAUGGCAUUCGUAAACGUCAACGAGACACCAAGAGCAUCUACCAAGACAUCACGAAGCCUUAUGAUUACGUCAAAGGCUAUCACCGGCUCUACCAAAUCAUCAACAGGAAGUACUCGAGAGCAUGGGUUCGCAAAGCCCAAGAAUAUCUCCAGAACUACCGACCGGUCCUCCUUCAGGUGCGCGAAGAGCUCAACACUGACGACCUGAUCCAUCAAGAAAUGUGUGUCCAGCGCAGUCGGAUGACGCUGCAAGACCACUUUGCCGAAGUGGGCACUCCUUUUCUCAUCUGCCGGCGCUCAGGCGAAAUCGUCGGUCUGAAUAAAGAAUUCACCAUCCUCACCGGCUGGAGGCGCGAGGUCCUCCUCGGCCAGGAACCUAAUCUCAGCGUCAACUUUGGCACCUCGCCUGACGCCAACGAUUCGGAACUCUCGACGCAAAACACGACGCCAAAUCUUAAUCCCCAGGACUCGGAGACGACCAGGCCAAGCGUCAUCAUCAUCGAGCUCAUGGACCCGCGCUCUGCCUUGGAGUAUCUGCAGCACUUUAGUGAAUUAUAUCAGACCAAGGCGGAUGCCGAUCGCAUCCAAGAAAUGCGGGCUGCCAAUGCAUCUGGCGACGUCAAACCGGACCCAUUGAUCAAGAUGGAGGGCGGUGGGGGUGCGGUGCACCAGGGCGAAAGUGCGAUGCAGCGGCUUGGCGCCAAGAAUGGCAUGGUGGACUGUAUGAUUUGGUGGCAUAUCAAACGCGAUAUUUUUGAUAUGCCGGUCUUGGUUAGCAUGAGUGUCAUGCCUGUCUUGGACAAGGGUUUGCAAUAA